AUGACGAGGAAAGGAACCGUUGACGUCAUACGUUCGGAUGAAAAUUUAAAUAGCGUAGUUUUCGGUUUAAAAGAUCAAGUUGGAGGUUUGGCAUCUGCUUUACAAGUUUUCGAGAGUUUGGGAGUUAAUGUCGUUCACAUAGAAUCGAGACCGUCGAGGAGAAAAGAAUCAGAAUAUGAAAUAUUAAUCGAUGUCGAAUGCGAUAAUAACAAAAUGGACGAAUUGGUUUUAAUGUUGAGAAAAAAAGUUUCAGCGAUUAAUUUGAAACAAUACGAAGAUGGUUUAGAACUUCCGCCGCAAACUCCGACAACUGCAAGUUUCGAUUUUGGAGACAUGACUUGGUUCCCGAGAAAAAUAGGAGAUUUAGACAAUGCACAAAACGUUUUAAUGUACGGUUCGGAAUUAGAUGCAGAUCAUCCGGGAUUUAAAGAUCCAAUUUAUAGAAAGCGAAGAGUACAAUUUGCCGAAAUUGCAAAUUCGUAUAAAUAUGGAAAUCCAAUUCCAAAAGUUCAAUAUACACCUGAAGAAAUCAAAACUUGGGGAACCGUUUUUAACGAACUUCAUAAAUUAUAUGCGAUACACGCUUGUCGUGAAUAUAAAGAAAAUUGGCCGGAUUUAGUAAAAUAUUGCGGUUACAGAGAGGAUAACAUACCACAAUUACAAGAUGUUAAUAUUUUUCUUAAAAGAAGAACCGGAUUUAGUCUUAGACCCGUUGCCGGAUAUUUAACACCGAGAGAUUUUCUUGCCGGUCUUGCUUUUCGUGUUUUUCAUUGCACUCAAUACAUUCGUCAUUCAUCUGAUCCAUUUUACACUCCAGAACCUGAUUGCUGCCACGAACUUCUCGGUCACAUGCCUUUGCUUGCAAAUCCGAGUUUUGCACAAUUUUCACAAGAAAUCGGUCUCGCAUCUUUGGGUGCAUCCGAUGAUGACGUAGACAAACUGGCAACGCUUUAUUUUUUCACCGUCGAGUUCGGUUUAUGUAAACAAGAUGGACAGUUGAGAGUUUACGGUGCUGGUUUAUUAUCAUCCGUUGCGGAAUUGAAACACGCGGUCACGGCAACAGACAAAAUAAAAAGAUUCGAUCCUGUUAUCACUUGUAAAGAAGAAUGUAUUAUAACCUCUUAUCAGAACGCUUAUUACUACACCGACUCGUUCGAAGAAGCCAAAGAAAAAAUGAGAGCUUAUGCAGGACAGAUAAAAAAACCUUUCGGAUUGCGUUAUAAUCCUUACACUCAAUCCGUUGAGAUUUUAAGCAACGCGGAAAAAAUUGCCGCACUCGUGAGCGAAUUAAGAGGAGAUCUUUGCAUCGUGAGCAACGCAUUGAAAAAAAUUCACGAACAAGAUGAAACCGUCGACGUGGAAGGAAUAACGAAUCUUUUACACACGGGUUUACCACUCGUGGGAACCCUAGAAACGGAUGCUGCAAAGUCCGCGGAAGAUGACGUUAAAAAAUAA